CACUGGCCCCGGGCCCCGGGGAGCCCGCGACUGAGAAUCAGUCCCCUAGCAGCAGCAGCAACAACUACUUCAGCCCCCGGGAAGCAGCCAGGCCCAGGCCACGGGAGGCCAAGUCUGAGGGCUCGGAGGAGGAGGAGGAGACCGGCUUCGUCAAGGACCGGGACGGGGGUGCCGUGACGGGCAGCGACUACCAGCCCCUGGGGGCUGGGGAGCCGCCCCCGCUCGGGCGCUGGGUGUACGUGAAGAAGGAGAGGCCCGAGGAGGACCUGUGUGCUGACGUGGAGGAGGACGGGCAGCACUUUUUGAAGGGGCCGCGGGUGGGUGGGGGAGGGGGUCUUCGGCAGCUCAGCAUUGCGGGGGUCCGUACGUUGGCUGGCGGGGCAGGGGCAGCGACGAACAGCCCGACUAUUUCUACGGUUCCUCGGAGGAGCUGGGCUAUGAAGGGGGCUGGACGAGAGCCCGCGAGGUGGCGGGGCUUACCCGCUGCCCCUGCUGCUGCAGGCUGGGGGCGGGAUGGGGGUGCCGGGGGCGGGGGGGACCUGCGGCAUGGCCCGGUGCAGCCCCGGCUGGCACCGGAGCCCCCAAGGCCUUCGCCUGUCACUGCGGAAAGACCUUCACCACAAGAGCCAGCGGACCGUCACGUCAACAUGCACCUGAACCUCAGACCUUUCGGCUGCUCCGCCUGCGGGAAGAAGUUCAAGAUGAAGCACCACCUGGUGGAGCACAUGAAGAUCCACACCGGCCACAAGCCCUUCGGCUGCCACGUGUGCGGCAAGAAGUUCAUGUGGAGGGACAGCUUCCUGCGGCACCGGGCGGCGUGUGAGAAACUGCAACGAGCCACGAGUGGCAACCUCGAGCCUCCCCCCAACUGAGAGACCCUCCUCCCCAACCGAGGCUCAGCUGGGACUCACUGCUGCCCGCCCUGUUUAACCAUUUACUCACUGCCAGGGGUUCCGCACCUGUGUCCAAUACCUUUCAUAUCUGCCCAGGGCUCGCUGUCUCUCACUCUGUCUCUGUUUGUAUUUCGCUGUCUUUGUCAGUCUUUAUGUGUGUUUGUGUGUGUCUGAGUCUGUGUAUGUUUGUGUAUUAUUUAUCUCUGACCCUCUGUUUCUGUCUCGCGCGCUCUCAGGCCCCCAUGACUGCAGCGUGUCACCAACGGGCAGUGACUGAGGGCUCGGGUACUUUGCUCCGUGUGUUCCGGGUAGCGAGUCUCCAGCAGACAGUAAAAAGCUUCGCUCCGUCUCUAACCCGUCCUGUCACUGACCUGGGAGUGUGGACGCAC